AUGACCACCGUUUUCCAGAGCAGCCCGCCCGGGCAGGAUCACGACCGGUUCGAUGCGACCAACGAAUCAAGCCCGCGCAAUGUGCUGCCUCCCAAGCAGGACAGCAUGGACAGCAGCAGCGGCACAGUCUCCGACAUUACCCCCUUCCAGAAGAUGUUGUCCGCGACGACGGGAAGUCUGUUGACUGGCCUCACCAUGACACCGCUCGACGUCGUCCGAGUGCGCUGGCAAUCCCAGAGCCUGAGCCAACAGCAGAACGUCCUGAAGGCCACGGCCGAACCUCAGCACUUCGCCCUCAAGUCUCGCCAGGUGUUUCAGCCCACGAAUCUCGGUGUAACCUCCUGCUGCAGAGAAGUCUUCUUCAUGAACAACAAUGCCGAAGUUUGUGUCGUUGGUCCUCACGUCGACGGGCCUCCAAGGGCAGACUGCGCGGUGCAGGAGACACAAAGGAAAACCUUCAACUCUACAUUCGAUGGCAUGCGCAAAAUCGCUCGGAAUGAGGGCUUCUUCACGCUAUGGAGAGGCCUGUCGCCUACUUUGCUUAUGGCCAUCCCCGCCAACAUGAUCUACUUCCCAGGGUACGAAUGGCUACGAUACGACAAGAGGAGUCCUGUUGCUAGUCUGGACGCCAACUACGCGCCUCUCGUGGCCGGGAUCCUCGCAAGAGUCGUUGCCGCCACGGCCAUCGGACCGAUGGAGCUAUUUCGAACGAGACUCCAAGCCUCUCAUGGGGACACCGCCACGAGCCAUGUCAAGGACACCCUCAACAGCAUGCGGGAACAAUUGAAGACGCACGGCUAUCGCUCGUUAUGGAGGGGCCUGAGCCUGACUCUUUGGAGGGACGUGCCCUUCUCUGGCAUGUACUGGUGGGGCUACGAGACGAUUCGAGGGAAGCUUAUAGAUGCCAGAGAGCGCAGCAAGGGGCGGGACUUGAUUGGCGACACUGAAGCACGCCGGCUGUCGCAGAGCCACGAGAACCACCGCGACACCUUCGUGGACAGCUUUCUUGCGGGAUCCUUGUCAGGGGCGUUCGCGUGUAUCGCAACGAUGCCUUUCGAUGUCGGCAAGACGCGCACUCAAGUGUAUCAUGACAGCGGCAAGAGCGUGGCAGGCGAGGCUUUGAAGGGAAGCGCGGCGCCUGAGGAGCAGACAAUGGUACGCCUUCUGCAGCACAUCGUGAGGACUGAGGGCCCCUCUGGCCUGUUCAGGGGAUGGCUACCACGCGUGAUGAAAGUGGCACCGGCGUGUGCGAUCAUGAUCAGCAGCUUCGAGAUGGGAAAGAAGGUCUUCAGGGACGUCAAUGAGCGGUCGUCAGAGAGGAAGAGGGAGCUUGAUGUUGAGGGGUUUGAUCUAUACAAGGCGUUUAGCAGCUGGGGUAAGGAGUCAUUACCAUACCCAGCCAAGCUUGAGGCAGUUGGCAAAUUGAUGGGAAAGCUGUCCACCGACCUGGAAAAGCAGGACCUCACAACCGAACAGCGUGAUGCGGCCUUGGAGGAAGUCAAGGUCUACGGCAGGGACCCAAGGAACGCAGAUCCCAUAUUCACCAAAGAGGGGAUAACGACGCUUACACGGCACGCCUUUGACACAUCUGCUACGACGACCUCACACAAUGCCCUGAGAUGCUUGGCCAACGCGAUGUUGAUCAAGCCCGACGCCCGGCAAGUGUUUGUCGACCUCGGCUACGAGACGAAGGCCUGCGCACAGCUGAAGCGAGACACCUGGGAUGAUGAGUUCCUCUGCUCCAGAGUGAUCUUUCUCACGACCUACGGGACAAAUGUCGACCUAGCAAAGUUGAUUGACGACCACGGGCUUGCGACCACUAUUAUCGCGAAGCUGGCCAAUCAUGCAAAUCUGGCCUCAAAUCCUGGAAAGUCAGCGGCAGAUCCGAUGCAGGAUAUGGCACUGGCAGAUACGCUGAAGUUGAUGUUCAACGUCUCUCAUUUUUGCAAGGCCAGGGUCGAAUCUUUCACGCCAGCUGUGCCUCACAUUAUAACUUUGCUCACAAAACGGGACCCGACGCCGUCACGACCACUUGACGGUCCAUUUAGCCCUCUGAUAAACGCUCUAGUCAACUUGAAGCUAGACAGCAGCGAAGCCCAGACAUCUUUGUACCCGGAAGGCGAUCAGCAAGCCUCUCCAGUGGAAAGACUGAUACAUCUGCUUGAUCUUUCAAUGAAAGCGUACAGUGAUACCGACCUCGAACAGACCGUCACACCCCUGGUCAGCGUUCUACGAAGCAUACACGAGUCGGCGCCAGAAAGCGUGCAAAAGGACAUCCGAAGCAAAGUCCUCCCGGCCAAGGACGACCGAGAAACGAUCCUCGGACGUGGAGACACGCUGCCGGCCCGGUUACUGCGUAACUCGACCAAUCCAUUGACACCACAGCUCCGAGACGCUAUCUCGCACUUCCUGUUCGAGAUUUCCGACAAGGAUGCCUCCAAGUUUGUUGAGAAUGUGGGCUACGGCUUUGCGUCGGGCUUCUUGUUCCAGAACAACAUCCCCGUGCCACAGAAUGCUAUAGGCGCAGACGGCGCCGGGCCUAGCGGGCGGCCAGUGAACCCCAUCACCGGGCAGUUCCUAGACCGAGAAAGCGGCCCAGACCUACCAGAGAUGACGGAGGAGGAGAAAGAACGGGAGGCUGAGAGGCUGUUCGUGCUGUUCGAGAGGCUCAAGAAGACUGGCAUCGUAGAUGUCCAGAAUCCGGUGGAACAGGCUUUUCGAGAGGGUCGGUUUCAGGAUAUCAAGGAUGAUGAGAGGGUGGAAGAGUUGGACUAA